AUUCGUCACUUCUCGGCACUUAGUAGAAUUUUGCGUUCAUUCGCUGCUCUUUCAAGCCUCAUGUAAUCGCGUACAACGUUGGUGAUACGUAGGCAAAAUGAGUGUCGAAAAUCCUGCAAGUGAUAAUGAUUGUGAAUCAGGAAAGGUUAAUGGCAAUAAAAAUGAACACGUGAAUGGUAUUCACAACGGAUACAGCAGUUCCGAGAAGCAUAAGUCCAGCCACAAGUCGUCAAGCAAAGACAAGCACCGCGACAAAGACCGCGACCACAAAAGCUCUUCCAAACAUAGUAGCAGCAGUUCAAGCAGGGACAAAGAUAAGGACAAGCAUUCAAGCAGCAAAAGUCACAGCAGCUCUCACAAGUCUUCCAGCAAGGACAAAGAACGUAGUGAUAAAGACAAAGAUCGCAGUGAGAGGAGCAAAGAACGUAGUGACCACGAUUCUAGCAGUAAGGACAGGGAGCGCAGUGAUAAAGACAAACACCGCAGUGACAAGGACAAACACCGAGACAAGGAUAAAAGUGAUAAAGAUCGCAGUGACCGUAGCAAAGAUAAGAAGUCCAGUAGUAGUGAUGAAAAGAAAUCAUCUUCAAAAGACAAGGAUCGCGAACAUAAAAGUUCAUCAUCUAAGGAACAUAAAUCAAAAGAUAGAGACAAGGACCGUGAAAAGGAUCGUCACAAGAGUGAUAAACACCGAAGUGAUAAAGACAAACAUUCUAGUUCAAAAGACAAACACAGUUCAAGCAAAUCUAAGGAUAGAAGCAAAGAUGAAAAAGAUAAGGUCAAAUCUGAGAGCCAGGAAUGGUCUGGUAAAGAAGAGCCCAUGCAGGUAGACAUCCCAGAAAUAAAGCAUGAAAUCAAAGAGGAAAGUGAAGAUGGUUUUGCUGGAGCAAAUACUACUGUUUCAUCAUGUGAUUAUUCAUUAUCACAAUUCAAAGAUGAUCCCCUGUCUGAACUGCCUCCAGAAGAAGAAAGUGCUGAAGAGGAUAAACCACUGUUGAAUCGCAUAGCUGCUAAAAAACGAGUAGCCAGUGAGAGUGAAGAGGAUAUUCCUCUCCUUAAACGGAAGAAGCAGAAGAAAAAGGUUAAGAAAGAGACAUAUGAUGAUGAAGAGGAAGAAGAAGACGUGAAGCCUAAGAAAAAGAAAGUCAAGCCAGAGAAGACAGAAGCAACUAAAGUGAAAACUGAAACAGAUGGAGUCCCCACAAAACGGAAAAAGAAACAAGAAGAUGAGCAGGAAGUUUGGAAAUGGUGGGAGGAAGAAAAGAAGGAUGAUGGUACAAAGUGGACUUUCCUUGAACACAAAGGCCCCUUAUUUGCACCACCCUAUGAACCCCUUCCAGAAAAUGUGAAAUUCCGGUAUGAUGGUAAAGUGAUGAGACUUUCUGAAGAUGCUGAGGAAGUAGCUGGAUUUUACGCUCGGAUGUUGGACCACGACUACACCACCAAAUCUACAUUCAACAAUAACUUCUUUGCUGACUGGAAAAAAGUAAUGACACACGAAGAAACCAAAAUAAUCAAAGACCUUUCUAAAUGUGAUUUUAAAGAAAUGCAACUUUAUUUCCAAAGUGUUUCUGAAAAGAAUAAAAAUCGCUCAAAAGAAGAAAAGGCUGAACUUAAAGCCAAAAAUGAAGAAAUACAAAAAGAAUAUGGAUUCUGUACUAUAGAUGGUCAUAAAGAAAAAAUUGGCAACUUUAGAAUAGAACCUCCUGGACUUUUUAGAGGCCGUGGUGAACAUCCAAAGAUGGGAAUGUUAAAACGGCGAGUUAUGCCUGAAGAUGUUUUGAUCAAUUGCUCCAAGGAUAGUAAAGUGCCCAAACCCCCUGCAGGCCAUAAGUGGAAAGAAGUCAGACAUGAUAAUACUGUAACUUGGCUUGCCUCUUGGACAGAAAAUGUACAAGGACAGGCUAAAUACGUCAUGUUGAAUCCUAGUUCAAAGUUGAAAGGAGAAAAGGAUUGGCAGAAAUAUGAGACAGCCAGAAAGCUUCAUAAGUGCAUUGAUAAAAUCAGAGAAAAUUACCGCGCCGAUUGGAAAGCAAAGGAAAUGAGAGUUCGACAAAGAGCAGUAGCCUUGUAUUUUAUUGAUCGCCUGGCGUUGAGAGCUGGUAAUGAGAAAGAUGAUGACCAAGCAGAUACGGUUGGUUGUUGUUCUUUAAGAGUAGAACACAUUGAAUUACAUAAAGAAAAAGAUGGAAAAGAAUAUGUAGUUGUAUUUGAUUUCCUUGGUAAAGAUUCUAUUAGAUAUUACAAUGAAGUACCAGUAGAGAAAAGAGUAUUCAAGAAUCUCGAACUUUUCAUGGAAAGCAAAAAAGGAAGUGAUGAUCUGUUUGACAGGCUGAAUACACAAACAUUGAAUGAACAUCUUAAAGAUUUGAUGCCAGGAUUGACUGCAAAAGUUUUCCGUACUUAUAACGCUUCUAUUACUUUGCAAAGACAGUUGGACGAGUUGACGGAUGGUGACGCUACUGUACCAGAAAAAAUUCUAGCUUAUAACAGAGCAAACCGUGCUGUAGCCAUCCUCUGUAACCAUCAGCGGGCAGUACCCAAAGGUCAUUCCAAGUCAAUGGAAGCUCUGAAAGAGAAAAUACAAGCUAAACGCGAUCAAAUCGAUGAAGCCGAAGAAGAUCUGCGACAGUCCUCUAAAGCGGCGAAGCGCGGGUCAGUCAAGGAAAAACUCGCGUGUGAUAAGAAGAGCAAGGCUCUUGAACGUCUGAAGGAUCAGCUGAGGAAACUAGAACUACAGGAAACCGACCGCGACGAGAACAAAACCAUUGCACUUGGAACAUCAAAGCUUAACUAUCUCGACCCUCGUAUUUCAGUUGCUUGGUGCAAGAAACACGAUGUCCCUAUUGAGAAAAUUUACAACAAAACUCAGCGCGACAAGUUUCGUUGGGCGAUCGACAUGGCCGGUCCCGAAUAUAUCUUUUAAGGUAAAUCGUAGCAUUAGCUAUACUUUUAUUUUAUAUACUAUACAUACUUCAGUUUGCAAACGUUCCACUUUAUAUAUUUUUUGUUUAUAUUCAACAAGUUUUUUUAUGAAUUCAUGACCUGAUUAUUAGGAAUUAGUAUGAUUAUAGUAUUUAUCUAACAAAUUUUUGGACCCCAAACAACUCAUUGUUCCUCACCAAUUAGGAUCCAAAUUAGAAGUCUGAUUCUAAUUUAUUUUUAUUUAGAACACACCUAGUUACAAUUUUUUGCUUAUAGUUUUAUAGGUUAAGUUUUAGUGUUUAGAAAGUAACUAGUAUAAGAUUUUUUGUACAGAUUUUCAAUCUGUUUUUUCUCUAGAUUUUACGUGUUAUGAAUCAAUCGGAAAAAAUAAAUAAUGACGCUUUUUCUAAAGAGUAAUAAAGUAAUAAUAAUGAUAGUUUGGUGUUUUUGUACAUAAAUAGUAAGGACUCCAUAAUUUUCGAUUUAUCUUUUAUAAAUCGACAUCUACUUAAUUUGAGUCUUCAUCAAACAAAAUUAGUAGAAUAUUUUAAGAUAGACAAUUUCGAUAAAAUCUGGAGAAAUCAAGUGUGUAGCUUGUAGUUGGAAAUGAUGUAAAUUAUUACGGUGUGUAUGUGCACAAUGUGCAGUAGUAAAUGUUGUAAAGUAAGAAAUAAUGUUAUUUUAUUUUUAUAAGGCUAGGAUCUAAAAUUGUGGCAAUAGCCGUCAAUGUUACAAAAGGUA